AUGACCAAUACUGCCCUUAUUUCACAGCAACUUCAUGAGUUCAAGGCCCAGGUUGAUCAUUCAAACGAUGAUAAAGCAGCAUACGCCAACUAUCUCCUGUGUAAGCAACACCUGUCCACGCUCAAGUCCAUACGGAUACGUCUGGUGGAAUCCAAGAAGGAUGAGAAAGUAAACGAUCUUUUGGAACAGUAUGCCAAUUCCAUAGAACAAGUGCAGCUUCCAAGUAUUCUUCUCUUGGAAUCGACUCUCGCAACUGAUAAGAAGAAAAGAAAUCAACGGUUGUCUGUUGACCUACACGCAGUUGGACUUGAACCUGUUGACGAGCUGGUUGGCUCCAGCGCAGUGGAAGACGAUGAGAACCUGACCCAACUGAAGCAGAG